AUGCAGGUCGCCUCGGUGCAGCAGCGUGUCUCCGCAGCAGCGUUCCGGCCAUCCCGCGUGGCUCCUGUGGUGGCUCGCUUUGGCCGGACUCCCCUCGUCUGCAGGGCAGCGGUGCAGGGUGAUGCAGCGGAGGUUGUCAGCGUGAGCGAGGGGACUAAGGAGGCGGUGGCGCACCUGAACUUCCAGCGUGGCUCGGUGCACAAGGUCCGCCGCGUCCUUGACGUGCUGCGCGGCCGCUCCUACGAGGAGGCCGUCGCCAUCCUCGAGUACAUGCCCUACAAGGCGUGCGAGCCCGUGCUGGCCUGCCUGAAGUCGGCCGGCGCCAACGGCAAGAACGGCAAGAACGUCCCGCUCAGCAGGCAGUACGUCAGCGAGGCCAUGGCCGACCAGGGGCCCGUGCUCAAGCGCUUCCGGCCGCGCGCGCAGGGCAGGGGUUUCAAGAUCCUGAAGCCCACCUUCCACCUGACUAUCAAGACCGCCCCCCGCGAGGAGUAG